UUUGUGUCUGUUCCUGUUUUUGUUUCUGCUUCUGGUUCUGUUUCUGAUUCUUUUUCUGUUUAUGGUUCAGUUCUGUUUCUGAUUCUGUUUCUAAUUCUGUUUCUGUUUCUGCUUCUGGUUCUUUUUUCUGGUUCUGUUUCUGUUUCUGUUUAUGUAUCUGUUUCUCGUUCUGUUUCUCGUUCUGUUUCUGUUUCUGUGUUUUUUUUGUUUUACUUUCUGUUUCUAUUUCUGAUUCUGGUUCUCUUUCUGUUACUGAAUGUUUCUGGUUCUGGUUCUGUUUCUUGUUCUGUUUCUUAUUCUAGUUCUGAUUCAGAUUUUGUUUCUGAUUCUGUUUCUAUUUCUGUUUCAGUUUUUCUUUUUGUUUCUUUUUCUUAUUAUGUUUAUGUUUCUGGUUCUGUUUCUGUUUCUAUUUCUGUUUUUGUUAUUAUUUCUGUUUCUGUUUGUUCUGUUUCUCAUUCUGGUUCUGGUUCCGUUUCUCUUUAUAUUUCGGUUUCAGUUUUUGGGUCUGUUUCAAUUUUUAUUUAUGUUUCUAAUUCUGCUUCUGUUUUUGUUUCUGUUUCUGUUUAUUAUUCUGAUUCUGUUUUUGGUUAUGUUUCUCUUUAUAUUUCUGCUUCAUUUUUCGUGUCUGUUGCAAUUUUUGUUUCUGCUUCUGGUUCUGUUUCUGGUUCUGUUUCUGUUUAUGGUUCACUUCUGGUUCCGUUUCCGGCUCUAUUUCUGUUUCUGAUUCUGUUUUUAAUUCUGUUUCUGUUUCUGUUUGGUUCUGUUUUUGUUUCUCUUUUUGUUUCUGUUUCUGUUUCUGUUUCUGUUUUUGUUUUCGUUUUCGUUUUUUUUCUGGUUCUGUUUCUGGAUCUGUUUCUGUUUUUAUUUCUGAUUUUGUUUUUCUUUCUGUUUCUAUUUCUGAGUCUGGUUCUCUUUCUGUUACUAAAUGUUUCUGGUUCUGGUUCUGUUUCUUGUUCUGUUUCUGAUUCUGGUUCUGGUUAA